UGGCUUGCAGUGUUUUUGUCGAGCGGGGAUGAAUGAACACUUCCUGUACUGUUGAAACUAGCAAACUCACCCUCCACAGCAGAAGAUUUGCGUUUCAACAUGUUCCUGACAAGAUCAGAAUAUGACAGAGGAGUAAACACUUUCUCACCAGAAGGAAGGCUUUUCCAAGUUGAAUAUGCCAUUGAAGCCAUCAAGUUGGGGUCCACAGCCAUUGGCAUUCAGACAUCAGAGGGAGUUUGUCUUGCUGUGGAGAAGAGAAUAACCUCUCCUCUGAUGGAGCCCAGCAGCAUUGAAAAGAUUGUAGAGAUCGACUCUCACAUUGGCUGUGCCAUGAGUGGCUUGAUAGCUGAUGCCAAAACACUUAUUGACAAAGCAAGAGUAGAAACACAGAACCAUUGGUUUACCUACAAUGAGACGAUGACUGUGGAGAGCGUAACACAAGCCGUUUCUAACCUUGCUCUGCAGUUUGGAGAGGAGGAUGCUGACCCAGGCGCUAUGAGCCGUCCUUUUGGUGUCGCUUUGCUUUUCGGAGGUGUGGAUGAGAAAGGACCUCAGCUAUACCACAUGGAUCCUUCAGGCACUUUUGUCCAGUGUGAUGCAAGAGCAAUCGGCUCAGCAUCUGAAGGCGCUCAGAGCUCUCUUCAAGAGGUUUACCACAAGUCCAUUACGUUAAAGGAUGCCAUUAAGUCUUCUCUCACUAUCCUAAAACAAGUGAUGGAGGAGAAACUCAAUGCCACCAAUAUUGAGCUUGCCACAGUAGAGCCGGGCAAAACCUUUCACAUGUACACAAAAGAAGAGCUGGAGGACGUCAUCAAGGAUAUCUAAACCUGCGUUACGCAUAAUGGAUGUUUAAUAUGAAAAAUCCAGUGUAAUUUUGUGUGCAUCAUCACACAGCAGAAUGGAUACAUAAUACUCUGACUGCAUUGUACGGUUUGCCUGUUCAGACAGGAAUCGAAUCUUUAUACUUUUUCCUUCUGUCAGUCCCAAAAUUUCUAGUUCUGUACAAGCACAGGACAGCAGAUCUUGUCAUUGAAUUAAAUAGGGGGUUCUUUUUGUUACCAAUCACUGCGUUAAUAAACUGUUGUUGAAAAA